AUCCCUACAUAGCCACGCUGCUCUGCCUAGAGAUCUGCCUAAUAAACGCACUCUAUUUUACGAAGGAAGUAAUCCCUGCAAGAGCUUCCAAAAUGACGUUCCGACAGUGGCCCCUCUUUCCAACGAUCCGGCGAUAACAAUAUAGAUAAAUACUACCGAAUCUCCCGACUUCCAACCACCAUCAUCCACCCCGCACUUCUUCUACGGAAACAGUUCUCACGAUGGCCUCGCAACCGCGCCAGGAGCCGCCUUCGUACACCGAAGACCCAGCGUCGGCCUCCACACACAUACCAAUCGAGCCACCGACUUACGACGAUGUCGCCGAAUCGCAACCACGCGACCAGCUAAUGACAGGGGAGCUACCAUGCCUCAUCAUGGACGACUGCUUCAUCUAUGCGGAAUCACAACCAACAAAUUCACUCUACGAGUUGAGCAACCCUCCUACAAUCGACAGGUCCGCAGCAUUCGCUGUCGAGAAAUUCAUCUACCGUCUGACCACCAACGACGGCGAGGGUGCGCUUCGCCAACGCAAGCGACAUCUGUACGAUUUCCGCGCUGGUAUGUCCGAGUUUGGCGACGUUGUCUCACUUGAGGCCCAGUCGAACUCCAAGUAUGUCUUCAAAGACAUCAAACUGCAUCGCGGUAUCCCGAUGCAGUUUGGUAUGGCGAAGGGUAUCUCGACUUCGUGGACCUCGUGCAGUGCAGAUGAGCACUUUAAGAUUGGGCAGAGCAUGAAGCAGAAGUUGAGCAGGAAAGAUGAGCUUGAGUGGAAAGAUUGGGACGGUAGAUUGGUGGCCGUGGAGACAAAGUUGACGAGAAAAGAUGAUGGUAAAGUUGAUCGGCCGCCGAGGUUGGAGUUGAAAGCUCCGAUUGAUACGAAGGAGUUUGAUCUAUUGGUAACACUUUGGGCGGCGAGGGUUUGGAAAGAGACGUUGAAAGACCUUGCGGAGCCGUUCAGUUGGAGCAAGUUCAAACGAAUUACCGAACAAGGUCCAAAUACUGGAAGAACAUCAUAUUUUGGGCCGCGCUAAGUGCCAAACUGACAAGUAAAAGAUAUUUUGUUAUUGCUCAACAGCAGCCUCUUGACAUUGGGCCAGUCCCAUAGCUCAUCUGUAGUCUCGGCUUUGACACCGUGGGAGAUCCAACGGGAGACCUGGACGGAGAAUAGAACCUCCAAUACGGUGAUACGGUGAUAUACAGUGGCCACGCCGUUUUGACACGACGGCCUGGAUGAGAAGACUGGACUGGGAGAAUUUCCAUCGCCAUUUUCUCGGCGAAGCCAAAUAGAGGACUCGCGCGCUUUAGAGUCCCAGCGGCAUAGGGACCUUAUGUCACCUCCACAGACGGUCUUUACAAGAAAGACGCGCCAGCCGACAGCGCUUUUAGACUGAUCGUGGUCUCGUCAGGAGAUAAAACAAAUGCGUGCAAUCAGACGACGUGACAGUACUUUGUGAGCAAGCGAACAGGCCCUCACCUUUUUGAGUAUGGCGGCUGCUAUCACCAUACUGGUGUAGGUAUCGAUCAACUGUAUGUCUCGUUGGUUGCGAACUCAAAAUCCCCAGUAGCCCACAAGCCUAUAUGCCGAUAUGAACUCUCGCAACAUGAGCUUCUCCUCAAUAUCUUGUAUCAG